CACGAAGCACUCGUGUGAAUUUGCACAUAUAAGGAUCUUCUUCUGGCUUUCAGACGCACAAAUGGAGCAGGAUGAGACCACUGAGGACGCUGAGCUGUCAGCAGCGAUUAUGAAGAGACACUUUCGCCCGUCGCUGAUCAGAUACGAAGUGUGGGAAGGAUAUGAGUUCGCAGACAAGGAGAUCAAAAUCACGGAGUCGAGGGACAGUUACGGGGCCGUUCUGUGGCCCUCGGCCAUGGUUUUGUGUCAUUUCCUCGACACUCACCGAGACGAGUAUCCCCUGACGGACAAGAGCAUCAUCGAGCUGGGCGCUGGAACCGGCCUCGUUACCAUAGUAACCAGCCUCCUGGGGGCAGAGGUGACGUCCACAGAUCUGCCGGAUGUUUUGGGGAAUCUGAGACACAAUGUGAACCGUAACACCAGAGGACUGUGCAGACACGAGCCGCUUGUGACCGAGCUCUGCUGGGGGCAACAGCUGGACGAGCGAUUCCCGCGCAACACCUGCCACUACGACUACAUCAUGGCCGCAGACGUGGUGUACGCACAUCCUUACCUGCAGCAGCUGAUGGAGACCUUCAUCCACCUGAGCUCAGAGCACACCAUCAUCCUGUGGGCCAUGAGGUUCCGUCUGGAUCCGGAGAACCGCUUCGUGGACACAUUUGAGAAGCACUUUCACCUGGAGGAACUGUAUAACCUGCCCAGCCUGCAGAUAAAGCUGUACCGAGCGCAAAAACGACGCGUUUGACCCGAACGGCCCCUAAGGACUGCAACUAAAAUAUAUUACAGGAUGGGUUAGGAUAUGUAAAUUAAUUAACCCUGAUUUAUUUCGUGAUUCCAGAGGUUUUCAAGAACUGCUGACGUCGAAAAUAAAAACUAAAGUUACUGAGAUGAAUAUGAUUU